UCCCUCCUUCUCAGCUCAGCCCAGACCGAACGUCUACACAUUAAACCCGAUACAGUGUUGGGUUUCAAGCAGAAGUGGCAAUAAAAGUAUGACUACUAUAGCCUAACUCAGUGGGGUCGGACGUCAAGGGAGGGUCUGUUUUCUCCAGUGCCAGGCAACAUCUGCAGUUCUUCCGGAGUUUCCCUGCAAAUCUUGGGUUCCCGUGCGGUAAAAAUAAAAAUACAGCACACAUCGCACUUCGUCAUGUAUCAGCUCAUAAGGAAAUUCGCGUUCACCGAAUCGCAUUGUCUCGAGGAGGACAGCACGAAAAGUUUCGCGGAGCUGUUUGAGAAGUUGGACGUUAACAAAGAUGGGAAAGUGGACGUCUCCGAGCUCAAAACGGGCCUGGCAGCUAUGGGCUUCUCUAUGGGCAAAGGAGAAGCGCAGAAAAUUGUUGCCUCUGGAGACACUGAUAAGGAUGAAGGACUGGACUUUGAAGAGUUUUCAAAGUAUCUGAAAGAACAUGAGAAAAAACUCAAACUGACCUUCAAGAGUCUGGACAAAAAUCAGGAUGGUUGCAUUGAUGCCAAAGAAAUCCAGCAGUCACUUAAAGACAUAGGCAUAAUCUUGACGGAUCAAGAUGCAGAGAAGAUCCUCAAGAGUAUCGAUGCGGAUGGAACAAUGUCUGUGGAUUGGAAUGAAUGGAGAGAGCAUUUCCUCUUCAACCCAGCAGAUAACCUUCAGGAAAUCAUACGCUACUGGAAACACUCAACUGUGUUGGAUAUAGGUGACAGUCUAACUAUUCCAGAUGAGUUCACUGAGGAAGAGAAGACCAAGGGCAUCUGGUGGAGGCAGCUUGUUGCUGGGGGCGUGGCAGGGGCGGUCUCUCGAACAGGCACCGCCCCCUUGGACAGAAUGAAAGUCUUCAUGCAGGUUCAUUCCUCAAUAUCCAACAAAAUCAGUCUGGUGGGCGGGUUCAAGCAGAUGGUUAAAGAAGGGGGCCUGGCCUCUCUGUGGCGGGGUAACGGAGUCAACGUCAUAAAAAUCGCCCCAGAAACGGCAAUUAAAUUCAUGGCGUAUGAGCAGUAUAAGAAGCUGCUGGCCAAAGACGGUGGGAAAAUCCAGUCACAUGAGCGGUUCAUGGCUGGCUCUCUGGCCGGUGCGACCGCUCAAACAGCCAUUUACCCCAUGGAGGUAAUGAAGACCAGACUUACCCUGAGAAAGACUGGCCAGUAUUCUGGGAUGUUUGACUGUGCCAAGAAGAUUCUGAAGAAGGAGGGAUUGAAGGCCUUUUAUAAAGGCUAUGUACCCAAUAUCCUGGGAAUUAUUCCGUAUGCUGGAAUAGAUUUAGCAGUGUAUGAGACCCUGAAGAACGCCUGGUUGUCCAAGUAUGCUAAAGACACUGCUAACCCAGGGGUGCUGGUCCUUCUCUGCUGCGGGACUAUUUCCAGCACUUGUGGCCAGUUGGCUAGUUACCCUCUUGCUCUGGUUCGCACACGCAUGCAGGCCCAGGCAUCAAUGGAAGGAUCGGAGCAGGUGUCCAUGUCCAAGUUAGUGAAGAAGAUCAUGCAGAAAGAGGGCUUUUUUGGGCUUUACCGUGGGAUCCUGCCCAACUUCAUGAAAGUGAUCCCAGCUGUCAGCAUCAGCUAUGUGGUGUAUGAGUACAUGAGGUCUGGGUUAGGAAUCUCAAAAUGAUAAACGUCUUGCAUGUUUUUACACGCACAAAUUUUAACCACCUUUUUCUGAAAACACCCUCCAUGAUGGGACUGAAUGUUUGAGUAACCAAAGUGUUUCAAAUAUCACCUCUGGGAAAAAGCAACGCUGGUAUCUGGUAUUGAGGUUGUGGCCCAACCUAAUACAUGUUUACAUUGAUAUAUAUAAUUAUACCUUGAUAUGUUAUUAAUACAUUUCUGAAAUAUUUUACAUUCGUCCCUGACCAAAAUAAAUGAAGCCAUCGUGAGCCAGUGCACUAUAAUAUUUUACAUUCAGUCUAUGUUUUACAGAUAGAUAAAUGGAUAGAUAGUCAGACCAUGGAAACCCGCCUUUUUGCAUAAAAUAAUUGCACCUAAAUUAAAUAUAUGAGUGUACUUUUUAUUUUUGUUUUUAAGUGAAUUAGGUUGGUUACGUUGGGCCGUGGUCAGGUCUUUACAUGUUGCAGUCAAUACUUUUUGUAUUUGUUUUAUGAAACACGGACCAGAGAAACAAUACAGAAUAGGGACCCGCAUUAUGACAUAAAGAGCUAAAUGUGCCUUAUAUCAUUUGUUCGAUCUCUGUGUGGGUUCCUUUACUAUACAUUGGAAUUAUAAUUGUAUUUUUUGUGUUGCCUUUAUCCCCAAAGUUUGCUUGUUUUAGAAACUCUUGUUUAUAUUAAAGGUGUAUUUUAAUACAGUG